CUCAGUUUGAAGAACUUUUUAGUUUUGUUCCGCUUUCUUAAUUCAAAGUAUCUUAAGAUUUAAAGCAAGACAUAUAAUCAGUACAAAAGAGAAAUUGGAUACCAGUCAUCUGUCACACUUUUAACGCUAAAUAUUAGACAAAUUGAGUAUUUUGGGUACUUUUCUUUGAACUGGACAGAGACUCAUGAUACAAAAUGUUCAGCGUUCAUUAGUACUGUGAAUUGCCAGGUGUUUUAUGAUUUCACAAGAAACUUUGUCUAUCGGGUAUCUUAUUUAAUUUUAAUCUAGUUUCAACGCAGCGAGAAAUUCUACGCAUAUCUAACGUCUAGCGUAGUCAAUAUAUUUUGCAUUUUGUGUUGACAUGUGAUGUAAAGAAUUAAAAGUUUGAAAUAUGUAAUUGUGGGAGAUCGAAAGACGAAAAAUAGUUAAUACAUUUUAAACAAUAUAUUGUGGAACAACAGUGAUCCCUUUGUUGUUGUUUUCCUUAUUUUAUUAGAACAUCUUUUUUUUGUGUAAUACGUUUUUUAUAUAGAAAUUUUACUUUGAACCGAACCUUCCAGGUUAUUUUAUGGAUAGGUGAUGAAUAAUCUCAUCUGUUUUUUCUUUCAUUUGAUGUCUUUUACUGAUCUCAUUCACUUUUUUAAUGUGUGAUAUGUUUUUAUUAAUACCACUAUUUAAAGUCGUUUUCAUUUAACUGCUCUAAAUAAAAACUUGUCAAGGGGGUACUACAAAUAAUCCGACGUUUUGGUUUGGACGAAGUGUGGUUGACUGAUGACUUAAACUAGACCCAUCAGAUGGUUGUCCUCUUGAUCAUCUUUUAAUUUGUUAUUCUUCUAGAUCUUAUCUGUCAUCUUCAUUUAAAAAUGCCAAAAUCAAAACGCGAUCAACGUUUAACAUUAACAAAGACUAAACGUAAACGAGGCAUUGAAUUAAAACAACAACUCAUCUCAAAAAUUCACUCAAAUCUUGACAAGUAUUCAUCGUUAUACCUGUUGAAAGUCUAUAAUGAACGUAAUGAAAAACUUCACCAUAUUCGUCAGCAUUUUUCUGAUAGUCAGUUUUUUUUUGGUAAAAAUCGAGUAAUGUCCAUUGCAUUAGGUCGAACACCUAAUCGAGAAUAUUUAACAAAUUUAUCAAAAAUUACACCGUAUCUAUUAGGAAAAAUUGGUUUAAUGCUAACAAAUCGUGACAAAAGAGAAAUAGUAGAAUAUUUCAAUUCUUUAUCGCUAUUGGAUUAUGCUAGAAGUGGAAACGUGGCUACAGAAGCGGUGACAAUUGAACAAGGAGCAUUACCAGAUUUUCAACAUACAAUGGAACCCAUGCUGAGACAGUUGGGAUUGAUGACAUCGUUGAAAAAAGGUAUUAUUGGUGAUGUUUUAACACCUGAGCAAGCAAAAUUAUUAAAAUUUUUUCAAUAUCAACAAUCAGAAUUUAAAGUUCGAAUUAAGGCAAUCUGGACGAAAGAUGAUGGCAAUAUUCAAGCAUUUGAGAUUCCAGACGAUGAAAAAGAUGUUGAAACCGACGAUGAUGGCAUGAAAAUUGAUGAUAUUGAAGAACAAACAAUUCCAAACGAUGAUGAAGAAUGGGAAGAUGAUGAAGCAAAACAAACACAACGAAAAACAACUAGGAAUAAACGACGAAAAAUUUAA